UUUAGUUUGGAGUCAUGCUGUGACUUUAUCCGUGUGUACGACGGCCUGACUGCUCAGCAUUCACGUUUGGGUUCUGUGACUGGAAAUCAGAGAGCUACCUUCAACUCCAGCAGCAGAUACAUGACUGUCGUUUUCUCUACUGACGGCAGUGUGACUGGACAAGGUUUUCGAGCAGAAUGGACUUUCAUAGAUUCCCCAUCCUGCAGGUAUAACUGUGGUAACAAUCUCAGUGUGUGUUCCUGCACCAGCGACUGUCAGGACAACAGAAACUGCUGUUAUGAUUAUAAUGAGUACUGUUCCACAACUGUCCCUGAAACAACAACACCAUCAUCAGGGGAUGUUCCAUGUGGUGGAACUCUGACUCAGUCACAAGGGGAAUUUUUCAGUCCCAGUUAUCCCAAUAAUUAUCCCAAUUACGCAAACUGCACAUGGAGCCUGCUGGCUGGAGAACUGCAGGUGGUUUCGUUAAACUUCACGUUCGUCAAUUUGGAGUCAGGCUGGGACUUUAUCCGCGUGUACGACGGCCUGACUGCUCAGCAUUCACGUUUGGGUUCUGUGACUGGAAAUCAGAGAGCUACCUUCAACUCCAGCAGCAGAUACAUGACUGUCGUUUUCUCCAGUGACGGCAGUGUGACUGGACAAGGUUUUCGAGCAGAAUGGACUUUCAUAGGUGGACCUCCAUGUGGUGGAGACCUGACUCAGACACAAGGGGAAUUUUUCAGCCCAAAUUUCCCCAAUGCAUAUCCAAAAGAAACAAACUGCACAUGGAGGCUCCUGAGCCCUGAGCAGAAGGUGGUGUCAUUAACCUUCAUGUCUGUUCAUAUCGAGUUAUGCACCAACUGUGACUGUGACGCUGUAUACGUGUACGACGGCCCGUCUACUUCAUCUCCCUUAUUGGGAACUUUGUGUGGACAUGGAAGGAAGACGUUCAGCUCGAGUAGGAACACGCUAACUGUGGUUUUCUCCAGCGAUAGCUCUUUUAAUGGGAGAGGAUUCAUCGCACACUGGAACUUUACAGAUUCCCCAUCCUGCAGGUAUAACUGUGGUAACAAUCUCAGUGUGUGUUCCUGCACCAGCGACUGUCAGGACAACAGAAACUGCUGUUAUGAUUAUAAUGAGUACUGUUCCACAACUGUCCCUGAAACAACAACACCAUCAUCAGGUGGAGCUCCAUGUGGUGGAACUCUGACUCAGUCACGAGGGGAAUUUUUCAGCCCCAGUUAUCCCAAUAAUUAUCCCAAUUACGCACACUGCACAUGGAGCCUGCUGGCUGGAGAACUGCAGGUGGUUUCGUUAAACUUCACAUUCGUCGAGUAA